GCAGGCGCGAAGUCUGGUAUGUUUAUGUCCUGCUGUUGUGAGGAUUCAACAGUCAGUGCCGCAUGUUAACGUUAAAAACUGUUAAAAAGUUCAUGUUAACGUCAUAGUUAAUGCUGCUUAAACUCGGACACUCAUCAUGACGGACCUGAGUCUUCAUGGAGUCACCGUGAAAUUCCCUUUUCCUCCGUAUGACUGUCAGAAAGUCUACAUGAGCAAAGUGAUUGAAUGUCUUACGAAGGAAAUAAAUGGGGUUCUGGAGAGUCCCACGGGGACUGGUAAAACCCUGUGCCUGCUGUGUGCCACAUUAGCCUGGAGGGAGCACUUCAAGGACACUAUCUCUGCCCAAAAGAUAAAAGAGAGGAUGGGUGGUGCUGGUACUAGUGCUGGUGCUGGUGCUGGUGAGAUGUUCCAGAACACACCUCUGUCAUCGUGGGGAUCAACUGCUGCAGACGGUCCCACAACAACCAGUUACACUGAUGUCCCCAAGAUCAUAUAUGCAUCCAGGACUCACUCGCAGCUCGCACAGGUUAUCAAUGAGUUGAAGAACACGUCUUACAGCCCUAAAGUCUGUGUCCUGGGGUCAAGAGAGCAGCUGUGUAUCAACCAGGAAGUGAUGCGUCAAGAGAGCCACCACAUCAAAGUCCAUAUGUGCAGAGGAAAAGUCUCCACAAGGUCAUGCGUCUACUACAACAAUGUUGACGAGAAAAGCACCGACAGAGACUUGGUGAACUCUAUCCUUGACGUGGAAGACUUGGUCAAAUUUGGCAACAAACAAAGAGUCUGUCCAUACUACCUCUCGCGUUCCUUGAAGCAGCAGGCAGAAAUCAUUUUUAUGCCGUACAACUACCUGCUGGAUCCAAAGAGCCGCAGGGCCCACAAUAUCGAACUGAAUAGAGCUGUUGUCAUUUUUGAUGAAGCUCAUAAUGUGGAAAAGACCUGUGAAGAGUCGACAUCUUUUGACCUGACUCCCUAUGAUGUAGCCUCCGCCAUUAGUGCCGUGGACAGGCUGCUGGUGGAGCAGGCUAAAGAGGUCAGCCAUGGAAGCACUUUCACUGAAGACUUCAAUGUAGAAUCCCUCAACUCAGGUUUAAAAGUAGAUAUAACCACGAUUGCUAAAAUCAAGCAGAUUCUGCUGGACCUGGAAGCUGCUAUUGAUUCUUAUGAGGUUCCAAGUGACAAAGGCAUCACAAAACCAGGAAUCUUCAUCUAUGAGCUGUUGAAGAGAGCUCACCUCACCUACGACAGCAAGACGGCCGUCUACGAAGCUCUGGAGCAGAUCAGUGGACACUUAGCAGGACAGACGGGAGUAUUCCUGAACACAAAUGGACUGCAGAAGCUGUCUGAUAUCAUACAGCUGGUGUUUUGUGGUGAACAGUCGGAUAAGGACAGAGACCUACAGAUGCAGACCAACACAGCUCAUUUUAAGGUUCAUAUCCACAAAGACAACAGCUUUAACAGGAAGAAGCAGAACACGGAUGUGUGGGCUUCUACCGCAUCAAAGAAACAAGGCAACAUUCUGAGUUACUGGUGCUUCUCUCCUGGCUUCAGCAUGCAAGAACUGGUAAAUCAAGGUGUUCGCAGCAUCAUUCUGACCAGUGGGACCCUCUCUCCUCUGUCCUCCUUCACCUCUGAGAUGAGGAUAGAAUUCCCAGUGUGUCUGGAAAACAGCCACGUGAUUGAACGGGAUCAGAUCUUUGUCAGCGUCAUCGACCGAGGCCCAGAUGGCGUCCAGUUAAGUUCAGCAUUUGAUAGAAGGUUUAUUCCUGAAAACAUGGCGUCUUUAGGCAACACUGUUGCCAACCUGAGUCGUGUGGUUCCUCAUGGUCUCUUAGUGUUUUUUCCUUCUUUUCCUUUAAUGGAGAAAACCCUGGAGUUCUGGAGAGAAAACGGACAGGCAGAUCGUAUUGAAAACAUAAAGCCUAUGUUUGUUGAACCAAAAGGAAAAGGCACUUUUAAUGAGACUAUUGAUGGUUAUUACAACAAAGUUAAUGAUCCAGCAUCCAAAGGGGGAAGCUUCUUUGCUGUGUGUCGAGGAAAGGCUAGUGAGGGUCUGGAUUUUGCAGACACCUUCGGCCGCGGCGUCAUCGUCACCGGUCUUCCCUUCCCUCCGAAGAUGGACCCUCGCGUCAUGCUGAAGAUGAAGUUCUUGGACGAGUUGAGCUGCAAAAAAACUCCAGGAGUUAAGUACCUGUCUGGGAAUGAGUGGUACAAACAGCAGGCUUACAGAGCUGUGAACCAGGCCAUCGGCAGGGUCAUUCGACAUAAGGAGGAUUUUGGAGCCAUCUUCUUGUGUGAUCACAGGUUUAAGGGCAGUGACGCCCGGGCUCAGCUUCCAUCGUGGGUUCGACCUUACGUUCGCCUCUAUGACGGCUUUGGGAAUGUGGUCCGUGACGCUUCUCAGUUCUUCAGGGUUGCACAGAAACUGAGACCUGUGGUAGAGAAGAAGAAGUCUGCUGCAGGGAGCUGUGGAGCAGUCUGUCAACCAGACACUCAGUCCUCUGGCCUCACUUCCUCCCUUCUGUCAUCCCAAAGCUCCCACACCCAGAAGGCAAAGAUGUUGGACUCCCACCUUCCCAGCCUGAAGAGGAGGAGGCUCAAUGAACAGAGCGGAGCCAGUGGGAUGGCCAGGAUCUGUAUUGAGUAUGAGAGUGGUGUGCAGGAUAGUCCGAGGAGGCCGGUGAACCUGCUGGAUGCUCUGGAACGAGGCAACAGCUGCAGUGAUGCUGCUGUGGGGAAGGACACGGCGAGCCAUCUGUCCACGCGUUUGAUUCAGUUUGACAAGAGGAUGGAUGAUGAAAUGCGGGGAGGAAAACGGAAAAUCAAAUUAGUCCAUGAGCAGAAACCCAGCGUGUUGGAGGAUGUGUCUGCUGAAGGUAAAGCCAGCAGGGCAAAGAUCUUCCUGGCAGACAUGAAGAAAUCGCUGAGCCAAGUCAACUUUGAACGCAUAGUGCAGGCUCUGCAGACCUACAAGAAGACUGACGACCUGGAGGCCCUGCUCACUGACACAGCUGUUUUAGCUGAGGAUACCAACACACACAGUCUGCUCCGCGGCUUCUACCAGUUUGUUCGUCCACAUCACAAGAAGAAGUUUGACGAGCGAUGUGUGGAACUGACCGGUCAGGGCUGUGGAUACAAACCUGACCACUCGCUAUCCAAGGAUGACAAGAAAACAAUGAUCCCGCACAGUGACAAACAGCCUGCUGUGGCUCUGAGCUCCUCCAGUGGGAUGUCAACCUGCAGUCAGCUCAGCACAGAACAGCUCAACAAAGGGGGACAACACCUCAGCCAGAAGGGAUUAAAAGAACCUCCGACUGGUUGUGCUCCAAAGAAAGAGGUCCACUCUGCUUUUCUGGCUGAUGUGAAAAAAGCUCUGGGAGCCCAAAAGUCAGCUCAGCUCUUUCAGGCGAUUCACAGCUACAAGCAGAAUGACGACUACGAGAAGCUGGUGACCACGGUUGUGAGCUUGUUCACAGAGAGAAACGAGGACUUCAGCCUUCUACUCAGAUUUGGCGUGUUCAUUCGUCCUCAUCAUAAGAAGCAGUACAAAGAGAUGUUGGAUGCUCUGAUUGGUCAGAGCUGCUGAUGUUCCUGCUGUGAGAGAAGAUCGGCAAAGAAAAUAUGAAAAGGGUGGCGACGUGACAUCAAUGAGACAUUGAUAUUUGUAAGCGACACUCAAUCGACACAACACAAACCUCAGAAAUACUGUAACAACAGCAGAUCACUGACAAAGACUUCCUGCUCUGACAGCGAUGUCAUGACAAGUAAACAUGUAUCAUGUACAGUAAUAUAACGUGUAUUAUUAAAAAACAAAUUUUAACAUUGUUUUUUAAUGAAUAAAUGUAAAACAUUUGUG